CUCUGUUGAAAAAUAUAUAGAAAUGGUCAUUUCACUCCAAAACAUACGGUGGCGCUAUGUCAACAUCACAGUAGACAAUCAAAACAACGAUGGCUUCUCCUCCUGGUUGCGAACAUUACAGACGCAGCUGCCUUUUGAAAGCUCCAUGUUGUGGCAAACUGUAUGUGUGUCGGCUGUGCCACGAUGCUGAAGAAAACCAUCAGAUGGAUCGAUUCAAAGUGAAAGAGGUGCAGUGUUCCGAGUGUCGUACACUGCAACAGGCGCAGCAGAACUGCCAACAAUGUCAUGUCCAGUUUGGAGAGUAUUACUGUGAUAUUUGUCACUUGUUUGACAAAGAUAAGAAGCAGUAUCACUGCAUGCCGUGUGGCAUAUGCAGGAUUGGACCUAAAGAAAAAUAUUUCCAUUGUGACAAAUGCAACCUUUGCUUAGCGCUUGAUCUGCGGGGAAACCACAAGUGUGUGGAGAAUGUCUCCCGGCAGAACUGCCCAGUGUGCAUGGAGGAUAUCCACACUUCUAGGAUUGGAGCGCUUGUCCUUCCUUGUGGACAUCUUCUACACAAGACCUGCUUUGAUGAAAUGAGGGCUACUGGUGUGUAUCGCUGUCCCCUCUGUAAGCACUCCGUCUUCGACAUGGAAGAGCAGUGGAGAAUGAUCGAUGAAGAGAUCAUGCAAACGCCAAUGCCGACCGUCUACCAAGGCGCUACAGUCAAUAUUAUAUGCAACGACUGUCAGGCCCGCUGCAACGUGCCUUUCCACGUCCUGGGGAUGAAAUGCAAGGGUUGCGGCUCCUACAACACAGCGCAGGAUGGUGGACUCAUCCUUCAACAAGAACUGCCAGACACCCAGGACCCAGCGCUGGCCAACGAGAGCGAGUCAGAAACGGACUCCGAGCCUGAGAUUGAAAAUCAACCCGAGUCACCCCCUUUAGACUAACAGCGUUCAUUCCAUGCUGCAAUAUGGUCACCAUCAGUCUGUUGUGUUACAUGUUGGAUGUCCGGUUUUGGAGUCUGCAAUGAUGAAUUUAAAAACAUGCCAUACCAGACACUACAGCUGCUUGAAAUAUGGUUAAUGCUGUGCAGCAGGUUAAACACGUCUUGAUCUUUUUCGUCAAGGGUUCCGUCCUUGCUGUGCUUGACUUCUGUCCAAUAAAGAUGUAAGUCAGGUUUUUUUAUUUUUCUUAAAUGUCCUGUCAAAAUUGUUCUGCAGAUGAUGCUAUGUGAUGGUCAGAAUGACCGUUGUAUGUCUGAUUCGGUCCUGUCCGAUCAGCAAGGCUGCACUGGACAAACUAGGACUGUUUUUCAGCAACAUAUCCAGAGCAAAUGAAAUCCAUUUCACCAAAUAAAAUACCACAAUGAACAAGCCAUGGAUCAAGAACGAG